UUUAUUAUAAAUUAUAAAAUGUGCACUAUUCAUUAAGCUUCAUAUAACCCAGAUGACAACGAAGAAGAGGAACUCUACACAUGUGCAGACAUUGCAGGCAAUUGGAGGCGGACUUGCUGGUUGCAUCACGCGGUUUUUUGCCCAACCUUUCGAUGUGCUCAAGAUACGUUUUCAACUGCAGGUCGAACCAUUACGCAAGGGCGAACGCUGGUCCAAAUAUGUGGGCUUCUGGCAUGCGGUCACCACAAUCUUUCGCGAAGAGGGCUUACGUGGCUUUUGGAAAGGACACACGGCCGGUCAGGUGAUGAGUGUGACCUACGCGAUUGUGCAGUUCUGGUCCUAUGAGCAAUUUCAUGCGGCUGCCACCAAUUACGAUUACUAUGAGAACCAUCGCAACCGUGUUAUAUUUAUUUGUGGUGGCCUGGCGGGUUGCAUGGGCACAAUUGCAUCGCAGCCUUUUGACGUCAUACGUACGCGCGUUGUUGCCGCUGAUCCGCAUUCGAGGUCGGGCAGGCUGCGUCCGCUCAGCGGCGUCGCAAGAGUUUAUCGUAGGGAAGGCAUUCGAGGCGUUACUGGCGGAUUGUGGCUAACGCUGAUGCAAAUCUUUCCGCUGGUGGGCACCAAUUUUUUAGUCUACAAGUUUUUUAAUCGCCUGGUGGUAAAAGCGCAAGAGUAUUGGACGGAAAAGCCCAAUCCAGAGGGUAUUAUAAACGGUGCCUUUCUGUUUAUGAACGGUGCGCUUGCGGGCAUGAUCUCCAAAAUGCUUAUCUAUCCAGCCGACUUGAUAAAGAAGCGCCUGCAGCUGGCGCCCAUACACCAUGACAGGCAGACAUUUGGCAAGAAUCCCAAGUGCAAUACAUUUUCGCUCUGUGUGCGCAGUCUGAUUAGAAAGGAAGGCAUCAAGGGUUUCUACAAGGGCAUGCUGCCGACAUUAUACAAGUCUGGUGUGGUCACUGCCUUUUAUUUUACAAUAUACGAUUUUUAUUCUCGUACCGUUGUGACGCCAGUGAAGAGACGCGAGCAAGAGGAGGGCAGACGGUUGUAAAACUAAAGAACUAUCAAAUUAUUUAAGCAUUUCAUUAUUGUCAAUUGAAUGCUUAAUGUACAGCAGAUGUUAACUAAUUUGUAUGAAUGCGCAGUUUUUAGAUUUGGAAUAUGUUUGGAUUAAGUGCUAGCAUAAAAAGCUAUUUUAGAAAAAAAAUCAACUCAGCUUUUUACAAUAAA